AUGGCGAAUUCGGAGCAAGCAAGCUGCAUUUGCUUCAACACCGACGGGAGCUGGAACGGAACCGUAUGGGACAACGCAGCUACCACGUGUUACCAGGCUAUCAGUAGUGCUGGCAGCGCGAAUGCGUCUGCGUUGAGCGCUUAUGAUAGUGGAGUCGUCGGCUUCUGUACCAAGUUCGUCGAUGCGGGGAUCCUGAGUAGUGCAGGUGUGAGCAGUAGUACGGGCGUGAGCAGUAGUGCGGGCGCGAGCAGCGGUGGUGGGGUGGUUGCAUCGACGGGACAACCUAGUUCAACAACAGGUGGUGGGAGUGGGGCAGUAACUGGAUCAAGCGUCUCAAAUCCCACACGGAGUUCCACCCAAAAGAGUGAAGUCGGACACUUGAAGAGCCAACGCUCAACGGUGAGAUAUGAUCAUCUAAAGAUGAGAGCUGAUGUCACUGAUGACUCGUAG